AACAAACGCCUACGUGAGAGACCCUCGUGAGCCCAGCUAUACAACCUCCGCUCCUCCUCGAUCCCGUCGUCGUUCACUCCGCAUCCGCAGCCGAAUUCCCCCCGUCUCCACCGCUCAGUCCCCCAGACCGCCGGACUUCUCCUCGCCUUGCCAUGGCAGCCGCAGCACUGAGGGCGCAGCUCAACGCUCAUAUCGCCGGCAUGUACACUGAUGGUGUCGUGGACGAGGACACGUUAGAGGAGCUGCUGGACGAGGGCACCGCCGUCGAGGUCUCCCGCCUCUUCAUCUACGACGCCUCCAAGAUCAUCGACGACAUCGACAUCCUGAUGGAGGAGCCCGAAGUGGACUUUGAUGAGGUGGAAGCCCUGACGCAGCAGCUCAUGCGGUGCACCUCCAGUGUUGGUGCACAGCAAGUGAACCUCGCCUGCAUGCACUUCGGCAAUUUCUAUGCCAUACAAUACAAACAUGGGUGUCUCGUGUCAUUGGCUCUUGUUAGGAACGAGUUCUAUAUUGUGCGACAUGAGUUGGAGAUCAUGAUGCAGCUUGAAGAGCAGAUCGCGGCAUGCGGUCCUAACUCCUAAGUAGCGGCAAGUGAAUGGGGAAGAGUGUGGCCCCAUGCAAUCCCUUGCAUUAUGCGUUCCAUGUGUCUCCGAAGAUGUAGCGGUUUUCAAAUGUUGCGCGUAAAACUUAGAUGAAUAUUCUCGUGUCGGAACUUUGGGCUUGUAACCCUGUGAACGAAAACUUUUGUCGUGUGUUGAUGUCCGUGUGAAGUCCAUAUUUUAGUGUGUCGUGGAUGUGUUGCCGCCCUUCCUAUGGGCUGUUUAUAAAACCUAUACCUGGUUGGUUGGUCCUCUAGUGACUUUGUUUUGCUGUAUGUUCGGUUUGUUUUUCUCUAUAAGCAAGUCUUG